AUGCAUUCGUCUGGUGAAGUGUCAGCAAUGGAGAAAAGUCCUGACGUUACAGAUUGUUCUCCUUCAGAAUCAGAAGGGGAAAAAUUAUCUGUCCAAGCUAGGAAGAGAAUAGUAGCUAAGAGCCUUUUAUCCCAGGGCAUGAAUUCUGCAGAGAAUUUGGAUCCCCCCGUAAUUGCAGUUCUGGGGUCUGGAGGUGGACUCCGUGCAAUGAUUGCUUUUCUGGGUACCCUUUCUAAGCUGUCUGAACUGAAGCUUUUAGAUGUUGUUACAUAUGUCAGUGGAACAUCUGGAUCAACUUGGUGUAUGGCAUCAUUAUAUAACAAUGAAAAGUGGUCAGACUUUUCAUGCAUGGAAGAAAUGGAGAGGCAGUUAUAUGGUCGGCUUCAAUCUACAUGGGACUGGGACAAGUCAUGGGAGAAGUUAGAGAAAGCAUUUUUGGAAGAAAUACACUCACUGACUGAUUUGUGGGCCUAUGUGGUUGUUUACUGGAUGACUAAUGAAAUACAUGAAAGAAAUCUGUCGAAUCACAAGGAUGGGUGCGAGAAUGGGGUAAACCCAUAUCCAAUCUACUCUGCUAUUGAAAAAGCAGAAGGAACUUGGUUUGAGUUUACCCCACACUUGUGUGGAUUUCCUGCUUACAAAUGUUUUGUGAAGACUGAGUUUUUAGGCAGUAAGUUUGAAGCAGGACGUUUAUUGAAGAAACAGCCUGAGAAGGACUUGUCGUAUCUUAAUGGACUGUGGGGCAGCGCGCUUUCAAGUGAUGAUCUCAUUCGUGAAAUUACUGAAAAAUUCUGGGGCAGCGCACCUUCAAGCAACAAUCUUUUUCAUGAUUUUAUUAAAAAAAUCUUUCACGAGUUGAUGUCUAGCAAACCUAAAGGGACAUCAGAGGAACCCAAUCCAAUUUCGGGGCAGAAGACAACAUUCGCACGCGGGCAGACCUGUUCAUGCAGAGGAUGUAUAAACAUAGAAUGUCGUCUGGCACAUGACCUGACGGGGAAGUCAGAAGAAUAUAAGAAGAAGUUCUGGAAAGAUUUUGCUAAGGACUUAGAAGAGGCCAAGGAAAUCACACCAGAGACGGAGAAGGAUACCCUCUCAUUAAUAUCGGGUACUUGUAAUACCAGUACGGUGAUAAGGAACAUUGCUGUAUGCCUUGCAGAAUGGAAAUGGGGAACCACAAAUAACUUUCUCUACAAAUGGAAGAGUAAUAUCCCACUCUCCAGUAAAGAGCACAUCUCUUUAGUUGAUGCUGGCCUGGAUAUCAAUAUUGCAUUUCCACUAAUGUUACCUCCUCAUCGCAACAUAGACCUCAUACUGUCUUUUGACUUCAGUGAAGGAGAUCCAUUCGAGACACUGAGAAAAACUGCUGAGCAAUUUCCCUUUCCGAAGAUAAACAUAGAAGAUAAGGACGAGAAGAUUCCAUCAAAAAGCUGCUACAUUUUUGAGGGAGAUGGUGACGGGAUACCUGAUGUGAUGUAUUUCCCACUUUUCAACAACCAAACAUGCGAAGGAAAAGUAGAUGAAAUGAGGGAGAAGUAUGCUACCAUCCACACCUCCUAUGAUGAGUCUCAGGUGAAAGAUCUCCUAGAGGUAUCGAAGAGUAAUGUGGAAAAGAACUACACCCAGAUACGAGAAAAAAUAAAGCAAUGUGUUCAGAGGUGUAACCUGAGGAGGGCAGGGGAGGCAGCUGCCUAUGGUUUAUCGAGUACAAGGGGAACAGUGGAAGAAAAAAGCAAAGAUAACUAA